AGGUAUUUGAAAUUAAUGAUAUUGCCGUUUUUGGCAACGUUAAUGAUUAAAUCGGCACUAAGUGCCCCGAGUGAUGUCAGUUUUGUAGUAUCGUCUACCGAAGGUGCUAAGGUAAAAAAAGAAACAAGCGAUGUUCAACCUGAUUUUCCAAUUAUUUACGAAAUGGAUAUCAAUUCCAACGUAUCUAAUCGUUUCGCUAAAACUUUAAUACACAGCAAAGUGAAAAAUCCACAAACCACAGCUAAAGAAGCUACUUUCUCCGUCGUACUUCCAGAGAAAGCGUUUAUUUCCGAAUUCGUAAUGGAAAUUGGAGGAAAAAGCUACAAAGCGUACGUAAAAGAAAAGGAAGAAGCUAAGAAUAUUUAUGAUAAAGCUGUCUCUAGUGGUCAAAGUGCUGCGCAUGUGUCAGUUAGUGCGAGACAUUCCAACAGAUUCACUGUCUCUAUAAACAUAGAACCAGAAGCCAAGGCAGCAUUCUUAUUAACCUACGAAGAACUUUUGGAAAGAAAAAAUAACCAAUACGAAUUGAUCCUAAACAUCCAUCCUGGACAAAUUGUUAAAGAUUUAAAUGUUCAAGUAAAUGUCAAAGAAUCCAGACCAUUGCUUUUCAUCAAAACGCCAUCUUUGAGAUCUGGUAAUGAAAUCAACAAGAAUGAAGAAAAGAUCGAUCCAUCUUCACAAAUCGAAAUUAUCAAUAAAACAAGUGGCGUUGUUACUUUCCAUCCAGACGCAGCAAAACAAAAAGACUUUGCCAACCAACUAAAAGGAAAAGAAUCGGAAGGUUUAUCUGGACAGUUUGUAGUUCAAUAUGACGUUGAAAGAGAUCCUCAUGGUGGAGAGGUUUUACUCCAAGAUGGUUACUUCGUCCAUUUUUUUGCUCCCAAAGAUACAGAAACUCUUCCCAAGAACGUCUUCUUCAUUUUGGAUACUAGUGGUAGUAUGAGCGGCCUAAAAAUAAAACAAUUAAAGGACGCUAUGAUCAGUAUAUUGGGAGAGAUGAAACCUGAAGAUACCUUGAGCAUCGUGGAGUUUAACAGUCAAACUACUGUUUGGAAUGUCGAAGGACAACCUGCUGUCGAAGUUAUUUACCAUAACUACACUGAUCCCUUCCCAGAAAUCAGCAAACAUGAUUUGCCAGGACCUCUGCCAGCAACUAAAGAGGUAAUCGAGAAAGCUAAAAAUCUUAUAAAUGGCAUGGGAGCUUCCGGAGGAACUUAUAUGAUUGGAGGAUUGGAAACUGGACUCUAUCUAGUCAAAAGCCAAAUCGCAAGAGCUGCUAGUACCAAUGACAAGAAACAACCCAUCAUUAUUUUCUUGACAGAUGGUCAACCCAAUUAUGGCGUAUAUUCUACUGACGAAAUAACUAAUAUUGUUACCCGUUUAAACAAAGAUGAAAUAAACGUACCCAUAUUUUCCUUAUCGUUUGGAGAAGGAGCAGACAAGGCCUUUUUGAGAAAACUCUCCCUGAAAAACAUGGGAUUUUCCAGACACAUUUACGAAGCUGCAGACGCCUCACUUCAACUUCAAGAGUUUUAUAAACAAAUUUCGUCUCCUUUAUUAUCCAACGUUAACUUUAAGUACAACUAUGAAGUGAAUGAAGUUACUAAAACUAAGCAUCCAAUUUUGUUCGGUGGUGGUGAACUUGUCGUCGUAGGAAAAUAUAAACUUCCAGAUCGUCUUCCUGUUCCCAAGUUUGAUGCUAAAGUCGACGCCAUUGGUCGCAGAGGUCCAAUACAGCUGCUUGCCAAAGUAGAAACUCCAGUAACUUCUUUAGAACGACUUUGGGCGUAUUUAAUGGUAAAGCAAACUUUAGAGAAAAGGGACGUGACUGACGACAAAACGGAAUUGACUAAAAAAGCGUUAGACUUGGCUCUGAAAUAUUCUUUCGUAACCGAUGUCAGUUCUUUGGUUGUAGUGAAACCAAACGCAACUAGUGCAGUUGACACCGAAGAUGCUUCUAAACCAGUAAGACCAUCCUGGGGAUAUGGAGGUGGAUAUUCUGCACAACCUGUAGGACCAUCCUGGGCAUAUGGAGGGGGAUAUUCUGCAAGCUCAUCAGGAGGAUCCCGUUCCCGUGUCGCUGCUAGUUCCUAUUCUGGUGCAUAUCCUAGAUCUGGUGGAUUCUCACCUCACGUUAGCUACUUUGCACCACAGCGCCACUUUGCACUACAGCACCACUAUGCGCCACGGCCGACUGUUGCCUAUAAUGCAAUGCCUCUCUAUGUUCAUCAUGAUAUGGUGGCUGUGCCAUCUACGAUCAAACCAAAAUCACCACCUAAACUUGAAGAUUCUUUACAUUGGCUUGCAUCUGUCAUAAGUGCCAAUAGAACUCUUACUCUACCAACCGGCGUUUUCGAAAUAGGAGAGUCCUCCCUAAAUCUUCCGACUAGUGAUAAAUGUCCUAAAAAUCCACAAGGAGGCGAAGGUACCUGUACGCUCAUUAAAGACUGUCCUGAAGUUUUUACUCUUUUGACUGAUUUUGACACAUACAAACAAUACUUCUGUCCCGUACAAAACAAGUUUGCUGGUGUAUGUUGCCCAAAGAAGAAGAUAAGCUGA